AUGAUGUCUAGUAUACUUCAUUCUCAUCUUGGUUUAAAUAUGGCGAAUAAAUCUUCAAAUUCGAAUUCAUCAUUAAGCGAACAUAUAAAACGUCCUAUGAAUGCAUUUAUGGUUUGGUCACGUGGACAACGACGUAAAAUGGCUCAAGAAAAUCCUAAAAUGCAUAACAGCGAAAUAAGUCGUCGUUUAGGUAUCGAUUGGAAAUUAUUAGAUGAUGAACAAAAACGACCAUUUAUAGAUGAAGCAAAACGCUUACGUUCAUUACACAUGAAAGAACAUCCAGAUUAUAAGUAUCGUCCGCGACGCAAACCAAAAUCUUUAGUAAAAAAAGAAUCAUAUCCAUUUUCAUUUGCAUCUUUAUCAACAAAUAAAGAUUCAAAUGAUUUAUCAAAUUCAGCAAGUAUACAACAACAAUUAAAUGAAUCAUUAGCACUCAAUCUUGAAAAAUGUCGUUCAUUAUUAUCAUCUCAAUCAGCAGCAGCAGCAGCAGCAGCACUUUAUCCCUAUCCAACUGGAAAAUUGACUGAUUUUUCAGCAGCAGCAACAUUUGCCUAUAAUCCACUUGCAUAUGCAGCUGCACUUUCAACACAUUAUCCUUAUAGUAGUAUGUUAUCAGCUAGUUUAGCCGCAUCAGCUGUUACAACAUCACCAUCAUCAUCAUCAAGUAUAUCAUCGAACAAUUCUAUUAAUGAUUAUCAUUUUGGUCUUCAUCGACCACAAGCACUUUUACCAAAUAAAUCAUCGUCAGACACAAAUAAUAAUUUUCAACAUAAUACUCUUAAACAUUUUUAA